CCACUCCUCUGAAUGAAAUUAAUCAAGACCCCACAAAGUCGAGUUUACUUUCAUUCUGAACUUUGAAACAACACCCAACGCAGUCUGCUGCUAUUAGACGUAUGAAAAUGGUGCACAUUUGGAGGAAACUCUUUCUCUUUAUUAUACCACUAGUUCACGUCCGUGGUGACGACUGCCUUACUGCCAACAUUGGAGAGACGGUGCUGAUUCCCUGCUCUUUGAACAUUAAAGAGCCCUUAAAGGCAGAAGACAUUUCAGUCGAGUGGACAGCAGGUGAUGGUCUCGUCGUUUACUCCUUUGUCAAAGGAAUGGUUAAAGAUCAGGACCCCAAGUUCAGAGACCGAGCGGAGCUCUUCAAGUCUGAACUGUCACGUGGUAACUUCUCACUGAGCCUGUCAAACGUGUCAGAAGCUGAUGAUGGAGAGAGGUUUCAGUGCAUUUACUACAACAACAGAGCUCAGGAUAACAACAGGAAAGACCUGUCUAAGCACUGCCUUCAAGUCGCAGGUAGUUAUUCUGACCCAAUUGUUAUUAGAUUAUCUUCAGCUUCAAGUGACAGUGAGGUCAACUUCACCUGCAAGUCUGCUGGAGGAUAUCCUGAGCCAAAGGUCUACUGGUCAGUGAAUAAGGAGUUGUUUCAGGAGUCAAGCCAAGUAAAUACAAGCAUGAGCAGAGACAGCAAAGGGCGUUAUAACGUGACCAGCGUCCUGACUUUGAAUGUGACAGGAGACGUGUCAGUGACCUGCAUUAUUGAGAAUGAGAGACUGAGAGAGAAGAGGAUAUCAAAUGAAUUUCAAUAUGGGAAGGGAGUUCCCAAAGAAGCAGACAUGCAUUUAGUCCUUGUGAUAGGACUGUCAGUGGUGCUUAUUGCGCUGACUCUCAUUAUCAUUUUGAUGAAGAUGAUGAUGAAGAAGAAGAAGAGUAUGACACCAAAUGUGUCAAGAGAAGACGAUGACAUUCAAGAGCCACUACGAGAAGGACCGGACAUUUAAAAAUGUCACAUUUAGAAACUUGUAGCUGAUGUGAAAUAUUAAGGUUAACUUGUGCCACUUUAUGUGCUCAGACUUCAGUGUCUGAAACCAAAGAUUUUAAAUGAGAGGCUGACGUGCAAACAAACAUGUGUUUCGUUUCGUUUCGGACCAGCCUGAAGUCCCCACUGAAUGACUAAACUGGGAGCUGAAAGAGACGACCACUUUAAAGGACUUCGGCCACAUGAGGCGCCUCACCAAAAAGACUCGGACUGCUCAUCACUCACCUCCAUCCUAAAGAGCUUUGUCUCCGUUGUGCACGUUGUUAGCUGCUCCCAUCCCUCAAGUCAAAGUGAAAGCAUAAUUCAAUAAAAUGUGAACCUUUCAUUUAUAAAUCUGUGCCACCACUAACUGAUGCUGUCUACUCGCCACCUCCUGGCCUGCUUGUGCUUUAUCACGUCACAUUAAUGGCACUUAUGUUGUCUGCUCCGUGUCAUGUUUAUAUCAAAUUAUUUCUAUAUACAGUAGGAAAUAGUUUGCAUUGAGAUUAUUAUUGACUUAAAUGGUCAGGUGCUUUUUCUUAUGUGGGAAACGUUUAUUCUUCACAUGCUUUGGACUUCAGGACCUGCCAUAGUUUGCUACGUGACAUUACUAAUAAAAGUGCAUCUUUUAAAAUGAAAAAGGAAGAAGCCAGUGAGAGUAACAGAAAGUAGAUGACCACAAUCAGCGUCGCAGCCCAUUUCUCGUGUUGGGAUUUAUGUACACACGCGUGGAUUAAAGUGGAACGAGGCGAUGGGAAGAAGACAUGGGCCAUCCUACCUGUGGAUCUGUCUCAGUGGCGCCUCCAGUGUCAAGGACAGAAAAAAUAAAUGUGAGUGAGUCACAUGGAUUGGCCUGGAGCUCCUAUGGAGUGGCCUGUGGCGGGACUUUAAUUCUGCUUUACCAAGUCGUAAUGAAGGAUCAGCCAGAUUAAGAUGGCAUUUAUUGGGUAACAUCGAUGGCCGAGUAUGUGGGUCAUGGUCUGGUGUGGGUUUGUUUCUUCUUUGAGGUAGGAUGUUACAUUACUGGCUCUAUCAAAAUUAAAUUACAAGUGUGUAUGUUACAUAAUCUUUGAUUUUAUGAAAUGUCUAAGUAUAACAAGAUCAAACUGUGACUUUCAUGGUUCAAUUCUGGAUAUUCUGUUUAGGGUAAGGGAUCUUAUUUUGCUGACUGUAAAUUGAAUAAUGUAAAAUAAAGCAGUUUCCUUAUUAGAAACAUUA